AUGAGAUUAUCUUUUCUAUUCCUAACUAUUCUUCCGAUUUCAUCUUAUUCGUUUAUUGUCGGUGGAUGUAUUGGGCCUAAAUCAGUUUUGGAGAGGUUUCUAAAUGAUAAACAGAAAACUGAACUACGGAAAAUUGUGCAUAAUAAAUUUGAUGGAUCCAAUUCAGAGCAGGUUCUCGAAGAAUCAAACCGCUACGUUUAUGGUCAUGUCACAGAAGAACAAUGGCAUUCAAUUGUCCCGGAGCUCGCAGAGUAUCAAGCCAAGAAGCAUGAAUGCUCCAUGUACGCCCAACUCCUGCCAAAACCUUUGUAUCAACAACUAUUGAAGUCAGUCCUCCGUGCUUCUGAAAUGGGCGCUUCAAAAUACGACGUCAAGCGAUUAGUAGAUGAUUAUGUAGACCGAUUAGCCAAGAAUGGAGUACUUCCUGAUGUUAUGGACAAAAUGCCUACGUUGCCACGUGUCACACUGCCAGAAUCUGAAAUCGCAUCUCAAUCAUAUCGAAAGUACCCGAAAAAGCCAAAAACGAAACAGACAAAUUCAAAUAGAGGAAUGGGCGCUGUCCAUCCAACACUGAUUGGAUAUCCAGAAGGCCCGCGAAAACCCUCUCAUAACAGGGAGAAAAACGGCAGGAACAACAAUAACAUGAAUCAUGGAAAUAUGGGAAAUGGUCCAGUGAUGGGCAGAAAUAAGAAUGGAGGAAGACAAGGAGGACAUCCGGAUUAUAUGGGACCUCCAAUGUUCCCCAUCGCGAAACCGUAA